CAAUUCAGCCCCAACGACGUGGUCAUUGCAGUAAUGGGCGUGACGGGCGCUGGGAAGAGCACGUUCAUCGGCAAAGUCACUGGCCAAGACGUCAAGGUUGGCCACAGCCUCAUCUCGCACACAACAGCUGUCGGCGUUUUUCCUUAUCAGCAGAGCCCCAAUCGCUGCGUCUAUCUCGUCGACACGCCUGGCUUUGACGACACCACUCGUACCGACACCGAGGUGCUCAAGGACGUGGCCUUUUUCCUGUCGCAGAUCUACAGAAAAGAUGUUAAACUUGCUGGAAUCGUCUAUCUCCAUCGCAUCACCGAUAAUCGGGUUCGUGGAUCGUCAAUGAAGAAUCUCAAGAUGUUUCAGCAGCUCUGUGGUGACGAGGCUUUUGGGCAUGUCAUCUUGGCGACUUCCAUGUGGGACACACUUGACGAAGGCUCGAAAGAUGUGGCAGAUCAGCGGGAACAGGAGCUCGUUAGCAGAGCUGAGUUCUGGGGCACCAUGUACAAGAGCGGCAGUCAAGUGGCUCGGUGGUUGGGCAAUGAACAGUCUGCCCAGAACAUCGUCAGCAAGAUCAUCGAGGUACACGACAAGGCGGGUGAAGCGGUGCUCAAGAUCCAACAAGAGAUGGUCAACGAAGACAAGGAUCUCGAUCAGACGGCAGCUGGUCAAGAGGUGCAGCGAGAAAUCGCAGUUGCGAAAGCACAAUUACAAGAGGAGAUAAAGGAGCUGCGCGAAAUGCAAGAGGACAUGACCAAGCAGUCCAACGAAAGGCUAGCUCAUGAAUUUGCGACACAGAGGCAGGCGAUGGAGAAGCAACUUAAAGACGCCAAUGAAGCCCAGGCGUCACUCAAGAUAUCGCUCGAGACCCUUCUCGAAGAAAAGACGGCCGAGUACGAAGAAAUGCUUAAGCGCGCCCAAGAGGAACAGCGACGAAUGGAGGAGGAACGCAAGAGAAAGGAAGAAGAUGAGCAGAAGAAGCAACGGGCAGAGCAAGAGCGCAGAGACAAAGAAAUAGAAGAGAAGAAGCGCGAAAUAGCGGAGAAGAAACGAAUUCUAGAGGAAAAGACGCGGAUCUUGGAGGAAAAGAAACGAAAACAAAGACAACUCGAAUCAAGGAUGAGAGCACUCCUCCAAGAACAAGAAGAGAUGAAGCGACAGCAGCAGGAGGAGCAAGAAGCGGCACUUAGAAGACAGCGGGCGGCAGAGGCUCAGAUGGAGAGCCAGAGAGUGAGGAAGCAAUCGCAGAAGCAGGCCAUGGGAUUGUUUGGCGUCGUCGCCGGUGUUGGGACGGCGGCUUUGGGGGUCUUGACUGUUAAUCCGGGGUUAGUUUCUGUGGGAGCUGCUUGGGCUAGCAACUCGGCGAAUAACAUGUAA